CACAUCGAUAGCCAAUAUGUCAGCAACCGGACUUCUGCUGUUGGGCGUGGUGGCGGCGGUGGGCGGGGCCAACGUGUUCCCCGAGCCCCGUCUGGACACGCUGCCCUGCGGAACCACCACCAUGAACCCCGGCGAGCGAGUGGCCAUCCAGUCGCCCAACUUCCCCCAAAACUACGACACGGACUACAGGUGCCAGUACGAGAUCACCUGCAACCCCAUGGAGUCCACCUACCUGGAGUUCAUCUGUCCUUCCUUCGAGCUGGAAUCCUCCACCGACUGCCUCAAUGACCGCCUGGUGGUCACUUACCAUGGCUCUCGCGAAGAGAAAUGCGGCACCGACAGUCCCGACGGAACCAUCACCUCCGACGGGUGGACGCGCCUCACCUUCGCCAGCAACGCCGCCACCACCGCCCCUGGCUUCCGCUGCUACAUCUGGUGCCGCGAACAGACCACCACGACCUCCACCACCACUUCAACCACAACCACAUCUACCACUACUACAACUACAACACCAACUACCACUACCCCCACCACAACUACUACCACACCCACCACCACAACUACUACCACACCCACCACACAACUACUACUACCACACACCACAACUACUACCACACCCACCACCACAACUACUACCACACCCACCACAACUAUUACCACACCCACCACUACAACACCCACAACCACUACGCCAACCACUCCAAUCUGCUAGAUCAGUAAUCUGUAAUACCUGCAUAUAAACCUUUGCCUUACAGCUUCUACCACCACAACUACUUUUAUUACCACUAAUGCAACUAUAGCAUAACAACACCUACACCUACUACAACAUCUACAGCUAACCAAUAAAACUUGAUAUA